AUUGUUCUCCGACUGUUUCCGUGCGUGGCAUGUUAACUAGCAGACAUUUUCUGGACUGAUCUUAUUCUUGUAGUUGUAAGCUUCUCUACUGAACUCCUUUACUGACCUGCUAAUCUCAAACAACGAGAUGAAUUCGUUCUCUCUCUUCUUAGUAUUGGCCGUAGGGUCUCUUGCUGUCAUCCAAGGUAAAAGUAUUACUAGGCGAGCUGCUGCGUUAAAAUCGCAAGAAACAUUGCUAAAACGACACCACUCCAGAGAUUGUGGUAGUCGAGAUGCUCCGGAGUGCCUAAAAUGGAAGGAUAUGGGAUUAUGUAGCGAUGAUAAAUAUAACAUUCACUGCUCCAGAACUUGUGGAUUUUGCAAGAAGGAACUGAAAAACGAGGUGGAACUAGAAGAACGACACCACACCAGAGAUUGUGGAACUCGGGAUGCCCCUGAGUGUCUAAAAUGGAAGGAUAUGGGUCUAUGUAGCGAUGAUAAGUAUAACAUUCACUGCGCCAGAGGUUGUGGGUUUUGCAAGAAGGAACUGCAAAACGAGGUGAUCGAACUAGAAGAACGGGUUGAAAUUGAAGAGUGAACCUGCUAUAGCUAGCUUGCCAAAUCGAGGGACAACUUUUCUCUUUUAUCAGGAAACACAAUCCUGUUUUACCACUAUGGAAACAGACUGGUACAAUUGUAAUUUCUCUAAAUAGUUACAGUUGUAAUGAAUAUAGUAUUUAUUGUUAAAAAGUAUUUCUUACCUACUUCAAU